ACCUCUUUAGACAGACUAGACAGCUCCAUAGAGGCCCUUAAACAGUGACGCGAGUGUUAUAGAAGUUUUCAAACCCAUUAGACUGGAAUAAUAGCCCAUUGACGCCAGAGCUGACUCGCUCGUAACGGGCAAGCCUGCAGAAGUACCACAAAAACCUCAUAUACAACACAGUCUAUUCUAUCCGGUUCUCAAUAUGCAGCAGGGACCACCUGACGACAUUCGUCGCUCCCGUUUCGCGCUUGAUCCGGAGUACGAUCCUCCCACCUCUCGCCAGUCCCGAGCUGCCAGUCAACCUCCAAACUCGUCGGGAUACUACGCUGCGCCCCCUCUCGAUUUUGGCAUAGCCUCCAGGCGCUUAGAAAGUGCCACUUCGGGAUCUCGAGUGAGGGAUCCUAGCCCAUCCCGUUGGCCCCCCAUCUCACGCGCGCAAGUUUCGGCAUCUCGCAGUGUCUCUUUCUCUGAGCAACCUUCGUCGUCGAACAGCCUUAUGGCUCAUCUGAACAGGGAAUCUAGGUUUGCCUCCACUUUCGAGGAUGACGAAGAGUCUCUGGACGAGUUCGAUGCGUUCGGGCAGUCGCAGAAUCUUGGGAACAGAAGAGGCGAUGAUCUCAGCCGUGGACGGCCUCAAUCAGUUGGCACUAGUACCAUGAGGCCGAGGAUUGCAUCGUCACCCUUUCAGAACCAAUUAGGCUAUCCUUCGAACGCCGUCGGUAGUAUGCAGUCGUCUGCCAGAUAUAAUCCGAGUUUGGCAACCGGUCGUAUUGAUACUAACGUAGGCCCGACUUCGUCAAGACUGGCGUACGAUCGUUUCGGGUACCGCACGGGAGUGGAUGACCUGUCGAACAUGAGUCCCUUUGUCCGGGACCUCAAUCAAAUUCCGUUCUCUGACGAUGGGUUCCGCGACGUAUGGGGCUCUGGAAUAAGUGGGAGAGAAGAUGGCGGCGGAAGUGGUGCGACCAGUAGACGUCAUAGCGUCAGCGUUGUUCAGCCGCGCAGGGGUAUUUCCGUAGGGUUCAACGCUGGUGGGUUAGACUCUGGCUCACCGAAAAGUGCUCUAUCCGAGCUACCGGAUGGUGGGUUCGGGUCCAUUCGCAACGGUGGAGGAAUAGGUUCUUACGGCGGCGGUGGAAGAGGUCUUAUGUUCUCUGACGACGAACUUGCGAGUAGUCUCAACACUCUCAAUCUCAACUUAGAGCAUGAACCUAGCCGUACCCCUCGCGUUAUGGGUCCAAGUCAGCCCUCUUCCCUUCCAACUUAUGCCCCUCACCGUAGUGUGGGGCCCCCACUCGACACGGGCAACAGCUCUCGUGGGAUUGGUCUUAACCUCAAUAUCCCUGCAGUAAACUCCCAUAAUCCAUCAUCUCAAUCGUUUGCGUCAUCUCGACUCGAAUCAUACAGCGACACCGAGCAUACUCAAAGUCCAUCUACGGCAGAGCGCCCUCCACCACUAGAGCAUGGCCUGAACGAAUACAAAAAUGGGAACGGGGCAGGACCCGCUGGCUUUAACGAUCGAUACACCCCUCAACGAAAUACGCUAGGCAGCCCAUAUGUGGAAGGCGACCUUAGAAGGCAGCAGCAGCCCGGUGCCUCAGCUGCCUACAAUCAGUUCGUAGAUGUGCCUAACGAUACAGUGCGACAUCAUCAAACCAGUCAUAAUGGCGCCCCUCCCUCCCCUACCACCCUGCGCGGCGUCCUGCCUCCCCCCCUAUCGCUCCAAGGGCUGAAUCGAAAUACCGCUUAUAUGGCAUCAAUGUCUUCCCCCCGUUCGCCUACUGUUCCUACGUAUGGUGGGGGUGUUACUUCCCCGGUUUCCAUUAACCCAUACUAUCCCGGUAUCAACCCUCCAACCCAACAGCCGCCGCAUACCCACCAACAUCAGCGUCAGGCCUCCCUUCCCACCGAUUCGAAUGCAAACAUCAAUGAGCUCGGUCGUGGCGUUCCUCUCCACGCCGUGCCUCCCUCUUCACCACUUUACAUCGUCGAGUUCAAAGCUGGUCGCACCGAUAUCUUCUAUUCUACCGGUGGUGACCUAUCCUUGAAUGGUCUGCGUACGGGAGAUCUGGUAAUUGUAGAGGCGGACCGAGGCAAAGACUUGGGCAGGAUCAUCAAUAAUAGCAUUACGCCCGCCGACGUGGAAGCAUUCCAAAAGCAGCAGGCGGAGAAUGCUGCGCUUCAUCAACAAAUGAUGAUGAAUGCUGGUGAAGAUGGAAUGCCACCACCUACGCCCAAGGCGACGAAGGAGCUUAUGCCGAAGAGGAUCUAUGCGAAGGCUUCGGCCCAGGACGCCCAGCUACUCAUGUCGAAGCAAGCAGACGAAACGAAAGCCCUGCAACUGUGUCAGAGCAAAGUCCGCGCUAAAAAGUUACCCAUGGAGGUUGUUGAUGCUGAGUAUCAAUGGGAUAGACGCAAGUUAACAUUUUAUUUCAUUGCUGAUCGACGGAUCGACUUUCGUGAGCUCGUCCGUGAGCUUUUCAGAUUAUAUAAAACACGCAUUUGGAUGGCGUGUCUGCAAGGACCCACCGCCGAAUAAGACGCCUCGUCGAUCGUCAUGCUACCAACACGACAUAUCCCGCUGUUGCCAUCCAUCAAUAUUCUCUGCAAGCGAUAACUUUGGACUCGUUCUGGUCACCCACACUACACUCCUAGCUCA